AUGGCGCAUGCAGACAGAAACAUGAGCCGAACAGUUGCAAAGAGUCCAAAGUUGGAUCUGAAGCUGAAUUUGUCUCCACCAAGAGAAAACCCUCCAGAUGAAUCACCUGAUGUUUCGACUCCUUCGCCGACGUCAUCAUCGUCCGAAAUGUCGAUUGAAGGCUCCUGCGUUUCGUCAGAGGCUGAAGGUCAGGUAGUGCAGAAGUGGCCCAGAAACUCGGAGACGACAUCGAUGAUGCUGGUAGGGUGUCCUAGAUGCCUCAUGUACGUCAUGUUGUCCGAGGUUGAUCCAAAAUGCCCCAAAUGCAAGAGCACUGUCCUCCUCGAUUUCCUCAAAGACGAAAAGAAUCGUGCGUAUGCCAAGAAUAAUACCAGCAACUGA